UCGUGUAUGAACCAUAUUUGCUAGCUUCAUAUAUUUAAAUGAAGGAUUUGAGCUCAAAAAUGGUUGUCUUGUGAAGAGAAAAAAUUUAUCAUGGGAUCAUUUGUCGGACACACAGUGCAAGGGUCUGCAUUAGCCCUUCUUGGAUUAUGGCACACCAUCAACACCAUUAGAUCUUACCUUGUGAAGGGCCCUGCCAACUUCACUGUGAGAUUCUGGUACCAGUUUAACACCCCUCAGUCUAGACUCAAACACUUGGAGCUUGUUUCCAUUCUAUCCUUUUCAAUCCUUGCAAUUUUCAUGCAAAUUCUAGACUUCCCUCAUUUCCACUAUGCUUUCAAGCUUGAUAACUUUGAGCAUGCAACUAUGUUUAUACACCUUGCUUUGUUUGCUGGCUUCUCACUCUCCACCGAGUUGACUGAUUCACUUGACCUCUUCUCUGGCUUUGUUGGGAUACUUGCAUCCUCAGUGUUCAGUCAAGAACUCUUCCUUCUCCAUUUUCACUCCACAGACCAUGUUGGACUAGAAGGCCAUUACCACUGGCUGCUUCAGCUCAUAGUGCUUGUCUCACUUGUAUCAGCUUUGGCUGCAACCAUUUUUCCUAACAAUUUCAAUGCGGCUCUUGUGCUUUCCAUUUCAGUCAUCUUCCAAGGAUGUUGGUUUAUAAACAUGGGGUUUAUGCUAUGGAUUCCAGCUUUUGUCCCUGAAGGAUGUGUAAUGAAUUUGGCCAAGAUAAGUGGCCAUGAAGUCCUUGGAGCAGUUACUUGUGGCUCCAAAGAGGCUGAUUUUAGGGCCAGGGGAUUGGCCAACUUACAAUUCAGUUGGAUCCUUUCUACAAUUCUGAUAUUUGCCGGAAUCAUUUGCUUGAAACUUGCUAGAAAAUGUACCAUUACAACAAACCGGUUGGAAUAUGAGAGAAUUCAAACUAAAGGUGCAGAGUCAGCUUUGGCCAAUGAAGGUUUCAAGCAGGCCAGAUAAACUACCACAGUUUGUUAAACAGGCCUGAUGCUUGCAUUUUUAAGGUCUCAAGUGUAUAUAAGAGACCUGAGUUUAUGUAAUACAAUAACCUUCAGCGUACUUUAUUCUAGCCCAAGUUUAAAUAGAUGUCCAACAAUCUGUUGGGUUUUAUAACCUGUCAGGAAAUCUUCAGCUAUCUAUAUAAUGUUGGUAGACUUUAAAACUGUCUAGAGUCUAUUAAGUUACUGCUCUUUCUGUUGUGGACUCUUUCACUUAAAAAUGUAAGAAGCAUAAUAUCUUCAGAUCUUGAUUGCUUCACAAAUUCCCUAAUUUUAUAAGGAAUUAAGGAUGUUUCUGUUUAUCAGUUGACAGUUUAGUUUUGUUUGUUGUAUUGAUAACCUUUGAUAAAAAACCAUGAGGUUUUUCUUUU